CAGGAUAGUAUGAGUGGCUUAAUUGAUGGAAUGUAUGCCCAAUUAGUGAAACAAGUGCUUGCUUGAGUUAAAAUCCAAAAUGGACGCAAACAUAUCGCCAUUAUCGGUGGGAGAGAUUGAUCCGAAUUUUGAGCCUCAAACUAGGGCACGAUCAAAUACAUGGCCGUGCAGACCAGUUGAGGAUUUUGUUGAGACUCAGCAAGGGUCACCAUCUGAUGACCCAGCUGUCAUUGACCAUACAAAGGAUGUUUUAGGCAUCAAACAGAAAACGUCAUCGCGAAGAAAUGCAUGGGGAAAUUUAUCAUACGCUGACCUAAUUACGAAGGCUAUUCAAAGCUCAUCUGAACAGAGACUAACAUUGUCCCAGAUUUAUGACUGGAUGGUACAAAAUGUCCCCUACUUUAAGGAUAAGGGUGACAACACAAGUUCUGCUGGAUGGAAGAACUCCAUUCGACAUAACUUGUCUCUUCACAGUCGAUUUAUGAGGAUACAAAAUGAAGGAACAGGAAAAAGUUCCUGGUGGGUUAUCAACCCAGAUGCCAAACCUGGGAAGGCUCCGAGACGUCGUGCGGGCAGCAUGGAAACAAAAAGUUUGGAGAAGAAACGUGGCCGAAUCAAAAAGCGAAUUGAGGCUAUAAGGGCUGCUCAGGAAAAUGGCACUUUGUCUGGUGAAGAUUAUCAAGACUUGCAUUAUAGCUUUAAUUUGAGCCCUGAAUUUCGCACUCGGGCGGGAAGCAAUGCAAGCAGCUGUGGUAGAUUGUCACCAAUACAAGCUGCUGUUGAACCAGAUUUACAUGAUGGUCAGGUUCCGCCUAUGUCUCCCAUUCCAUGGGGAACAGAAAUUGAGACUGAGGAAUUUAAUACAAACAGUAAUGAGUCAUAUUCUCUCGUUGAUUCUUUAGUAGGAGGGCUAAAUAUACAAGAGCCUGCCAGCCAAGGUCUUUCAGGUGAGAGUAAUGACGUUGAUAUGACAUUAAAGCAACAGUUACUCUCUGGCGGGUCUAUGUUGCAGUUUAAUUCCCAGAAUAACUAUGACAGUACUGGAUUUUCUCCGCUCCCUGCACCACCCUCAUAUAAUGAUCAUCUGCAACAGCAACAGCAGCAAAAUUCUCAGCAGACAACAGUAUUAAAUCUGGAUACAUUAAGUAAUCAAGGAAGAAGUUAUACAAAUAUGUCACCGAAUCACAUGUAUCAGGACACUGUUCUGACGCAACAUCAAAUUUUGCCACAACAAACCAUGACCAGCUCUGGCUCAACAACAUUAGGAAUAAAUACACAGCUUUCUCCAGCUCGGUCUCCCCAACUAAGUCCAUCAAAUUACUCUCCAAGAUCACAAUAUGUGCAGUCCCCACAGCCAAUCAAACCAUCUCCUGUACCCUCACCAGUAAAUCAAGUGCCAAUGAAUCAUGUACAGUCACGUCAUCAAACGAGUGGAAUUGGUAGCGGACGAUCUCUUCUUCAGCAGUGCCUAGAAGCCCCGAAUGAUUCGAUGUUGCGAGCGGCACUUACACAACACAUGGACUCUUCUUCAUAUCAGCCUCAGGUACGACGCCAGCAGCCGCAGCACUAUGGUGGACAAUUUAGUACCGCAUUUUCUCAGAUUACGCCAAUGUCGAAUAUUGACAGUAUAAUCAAUAAUAACCAAGUGAAUUCUGUUGAAAACAUGGAAAAUUUUUCACAGCCAUCACAAACGAGUAGCAACACACAGGUGGGUGGGGUACCCGUCCGCAAUGAAAGCAACAUGAGUCUUGAGGAGCAGAUAGACACUAAUAGCAUGCUAGAUCUCGAUUAUGAUGUUGAACAACUUCUCCGGCAUGAACUUGCUCUAGAUUCAAAUUUGGAAUUCAACUUUGGAGAAAAUUCUCAAAAUGGCCCUACCUCAGAAAGUAAUAAUCUUGUUCGGUAACAUGACUUGUUAAGUAGGUCGAGAAUAGCAGAAGAAAAAGGUUUUUUGAAACCUGAAUUGAAUGCUUUGAGUUCUUAGCUCUUUAUAUGGGGCGUUUUGUUGAAGAUGGAAUUUGCGAAGUGCUGGAAUUCACUUGUCGGAAAUUAAUGUUGUGAAAACUACUGUAUAUAGCUUGAUCAAAAUUCACUGUUGGAUAGUGCUUCUCAGCUUUGGAUGCUAGUGCAAUGUAGUGGCCAGUCUGUUAUAAAGCUUACCCACCCUUAUCUUGAAGUUGGAAUGUUCCAUUCUAUUGAAAAGGAAGAGUUUAUUGUAGAAGGGAAGAGAAGAAAAUGGUUGUGUUAGGGGGACAGUACAGUUCUGUUAUGUUAUACUUAAUUAUUCAAGAAAAUGUUUGACGGGAGAGUAAAAUUAUUUUGAAAAUCUUCACUAUCAUUUACAUCUUUUAAAGUUCUUGUUGUCUCAACAAGAAAAAUAAUGCCAAAAAUGCUUCCACACCUUUCAUUCAAUCACCUUGGUUUAUGACAUGGCGUGUGAGCAAUAACAUAAUGAACUGUGUCAUAACUCUAGAUUGGCAGAAGAGGAGUAAUUUCUGGAAGGUGCAAGUAUCCAGAGAUGUUAUUAUGGAGAAAUACUGAUAAUAUUGAAGAUCAAUGUCCAUUGUGGUUGCAUUUUAGGGAUUUAUAGAGGAAGAUUUAUGGACAGGAAGAAAAUUUUUUUUUUUUUUUAAUUUCAUGAAUUGGUGAAAAUGGUAGGGAACUAGGUGCGGGAACACUAGUUUCUUGUGCUGAGAAAGGAAAAAAAAACAGGUGAAACUUAAAAAGAGUUCUUCCUUACUGGAGGUAGAAAUUAGUUACUUUGUUAAUUACCGUAUAUACUUGGAAAUAACUGUUGAAAACAGCCAAGUGGGUAAUGUUGUGUUGUUGAGACCCUUUUGUUGCUGUUUUUUUU